UCCCCUCCUUUUCCAUGUAUUAUUCAAGUUGCCACCAAAGAGCUCCGCCGGUUGAGACAGAGUGCUUGUUGACGUCAGCAAACUUAUCCAGCAGCAGCUGUAGAGGAGCCGAGGUCUGAGGAGAGGAGGAGGAGAGGGAUUGAGACUGCUGGAUGUGGAGCUCUGACUGUGGAGCGCCGUGGACCGUGGGCUUUUUUUUUUCUACGGGACUUCACUGUUCGGACUUCUUCUUGUUUCCUAAGACGCAGCACUAGUGAGCUCCCAUCAGCCUUUAGAUGAGUGAAGCACAACAAAGAAACCUGAACAUCAACAGUCCACAGUAACAGUGGAAUAUAGGCAGACACUCCGGAGGGACCUUGGAGACGCACAUUUUCCACUAUGAACCGCGCCUUCAACAGGAAAAAAGAUAAAUCAUGGAUGCACACCCCGGAAGCCCUGGCCAAGCAUUACAUACCAUACAAUGUCAAGUUCCUUGGAAACACCGAGGUUGAAGCCCCAAAAGGCACAGAAGUUGUCAAGGAUGCAGUCAGAAAGCUAAAGUUUCAGAGACAUAUCAAGAAGUCAGAGGGACAGAAGACCCCCAAAGUGGAAUUACAGAUCUCCAUUUAUGGCGUGAAAAUACUCGACCUCAAGACAAAAGAGGUGCAGCAUAACUGUCAGUUACACAGGAUAUCCUUCUGUGCAGAUGACAAGACCGAUAAAAGGAUAUUUACUUUCAUCUGCAAAGACUCUGAGUCCAACAAGCACCUCUGCUUUGUGUUUGACAGUGAAAAGUGUGCAGAAGAGAUAACUCUAACCAUCGGCCAGGCCUUUGACUUAGCCUACAAGAAGUUCCUAGAGUCUGGAGGGAAGGACGUGGAAACCAGGAAGCAGAUCGGAACCCUACAGAAGAGAAUUCAAGAACUGGAAUCAGAAAACUCUGAGCUAAAGCAGCAGCUUCAAGAUCUUGAAGAGCAGCUGAUGAUAUCUCACGUGCCACCAGCAGGGAGCCUCUCCAUGAAGCCGCAGUCUACAGACGUGUUCGACAUGGUUCCCUUCUCCCCUGUGACACCUCUGGUGCCCACACUCGCCAGCAACGGCUGCCCACCCCCUCCCCCGACCACAUUACCACCAGAUAUAAGCAAAGAUCUGUUUGGUGCGGAGCCGUUUGAUCCGUUCACCUGCGGGUCAGCUGACUUCCCUCCAGAUAUCCAGUCAAAGCUGGAUGAGAUGCAGCGUCAGAGAUGGAGGGGUUCAAAAUGGGACUAACCUUAGAGGGCACCGUCUUCUCUGUGGACCCGCUAGACAGCCGCUGCUGAUGCCAUGAAGAUGCUCUUUGUCGCGUACUUUUAACUUGUUUGUAUGAAGAAGUGCCAAAAUCCACUCCACCGUCGAGUCAAGAUGUCACAGUUUUCAUCUUGAGGUUUAUAUGCAUUUGCAUUUAGAUUGGUUUUUUCGAUAUUUCAAGGUGAUCCAUUAUAGAAAAGAACUAUUUUUGUAAGAAGAAGUACUUUUGCUUGCACAGGCAAUGAGAGAUGUAAAUAGUCGAAUAUGUCCAAUGGUACACUCGGUGGCAGAAUUUUCAUAUGAGACAGUUUGUGUGUAUGCACCAUUUGAAUUCUGUAUCGUUAACACAUUCCUGUUUGUAUGCAAAACACAAGCUGACAAAGAAAAUAAAUGGAAUCUGUAUCAUUAACGCAAACUUACAGCUUACCCAUAACAUCACAUAGCUUAUUUUACUCAACAUUAAGUCACACUUUAUGUACUUUAUUAAUCCAGUCUGAUAUUUGUUUGGCUUACUCAUCCUUCCCCCCUUUUGUUUUCCACAUGGAGUCGUUGUUUGUUUGUUUGUUUGUUUGAUUUGUUUUUGUAUUUCCCAAGUUUGAGUUGCCAUGUCAGUAUUUACUUGUCAUAUUUUUACUUUGUCAUCAGUUUAGUCUCCUCUCUUCUUGCACCAGAAGGAACUUUUUUGGACAGCCUGUCCAUAUACAGUACUAUUCCAUUAUUUUACUUUUGGUUGCAUUGACUUUGCUGUUACAGAUAUUAAAGAAAAUCUUACUGCA